AUGGCGCCAACUGUUGUAUAUCUCGUCUCCCUCGCAGGGAUUUUCCUGCUUCGCCCUGUGGCCGCGCAGACUCAAUGUGGUGGCAAUCUUUACACUCCUGGAACUCUCAACUUCACGACUGAGUGUUACAAUGCGUUCAUGGACUGUGCCGCCCGUUUCGAGGCCAAUGCAAGCUUGGUCAACUGUGACGACGGCAAGGGAAAUCUGUUCAUGCAACAACAGGCCAACCUAGGAGGCUCUCCGGGAAGUCAAAACAACGAUGCCGUCAUCGCCUUCCAAGAUAUCCGCGACCUCUGCCUCCUCAGCGGUUCCACGACUGCAACUUGGGGCUACAGCGACAAUCAAUGGUACUGGGCAGCUGCUGAGGAUGCGUGCUACACCAACGACCCAAGCAGAACGGAUGUUGUCCAGACUCACCCGGCACCAUUCUGCAUCCAGAAUCGCGAUUCUGGACUGCCUGAAUGUUAUCCGCAGCCAGAUGCCACUCCCGGUGGCCCUCUGAAAGUUCUCAAGACUGCCAAGACGCGAAAUGGAUUCAAGUCCUCUGCCCGAGGCUGGAAUACCUACGGCGUUCAGGCUUUGCAGAACGGUUCCCAAGUUGUGCCAUCCUUCGCUGGACAAUCCGGCCUUUACUACACCCAAAAGUUCGUCGAGACUCAGUGUGGCGUGCUUGCCCGACCCGAAUUUAAAGCCGCUGGCUACGAUCUCUGCAGUCUUGAUUCUGGUUGGCAAGCGUUCAACGCUGUUGAUGAGCACGGCCGUAUUAUCUAUAACACCACGCGUUUUAACCUCCCCCAGCUGGCUUCUUGGUUACACAGCAGAGACCUGAAGCUGGGAGUCUACAUCACACCCGGUGUUCCUUGUGUUGCACACAACCAGACUAUUGUUGGUACCAAGAUCAAGGUUGGCGAUAUCCUCAACGGCAACAACGACCAGAUCAACUGCGACUUCGAUUUCAGCAAGAAUGGUGUUCAACAAUGGCAUGACUCAGUUGUCGCGCAGUGGGCUUCUUGGGGCGUGGAUAUGCUGAAGCUGGACUUUGUGACUCCUGGUAGCCCCUCAAACGGCGCCAAUCUCGCUUGCGACAGCUCUGCUGCCGUGAAGGCUUACCAGAAGGCCAUCGCGAAGUCGGGCAGGAAGAUCCGACUUGAUAUUUCAUGGAAACUUUGCCGCAAUGAGACCUGGCUGCCUGUAUGGAGCGACCUCGCCGAAUCGAUGAGAACCGACCAAGAUUUGGACAACUACGGCACCAACACGUUGAUGGCGUGGCAGGUCGGCCAGCGUGCUAUUGAAAACUACCGCCAGUACAUCGGUCUACAGGCGCAGCGUGAUGUUCCCAUUACGAUUUACCCCGAUAUGGAUGCUCUAUUCACGGUCAACCCAGAGCACCUUGCCGGUGUCAACGAUUCUAUUAGAACCACUGUCCAGAACCACUGGCUUGGAGCUGCUGCCAACUUGGUCAUUGGCGGUGACAUGCAGCAAAUUGAUGCAUUGGGUAUUAAGCUGACUACCAGCAAGCAAUCCGUUGCUGCUGCCGACUUCUUUGCGCAGUAUCCCAUGCAGCCCCGUAACCCCGGAACCGGAAGCAACGCCGCCAAGCAGCUGCAGGCAUGGAUUGGCGGUCCUUCAAAGAACCACGAGGCUUACGUCCUUCUCGUUAACUAUGGACCGGACCUAGGCAACGGAGGCUUUGGAACGCAGCUGUACGGAUCUCAGAAGGUGACCGUGUCAUUGAAGGACCUUGGUAUUUCCGGCUCGACAUGGACGUUUACUGAUAUCUGGACUGGCAAGUCAACCAGAGUGACUAGAUCUUACUCUGUUUCCCUCACGGAGGGUGCUUCACAGCUUCUCCGCCUGACAAAGAGUCACUAG